CUACAAGCGCCAGUAUUCGGUAACUCGGUCACUUUCAGUUUUUCCUCAAUAAUGCGCUGAAAACGCAAGGGGUGAGAUCUGACACCAGUUUUUUUGAGGGGCUGAAGGAUGUUAAAGAAAGAAGGCUGGCGUCACUGAACUGCUUAUUCAGCCGUCAGCCCUAUUUCUGUGAUCCUCUGGUUUGACGGAUCUUAGUUGUUCACAGUCGCCAGUUUAACAAGAGAGCACGCACCCCUGUGGACAGAAAAAGGAUGAACGUGACUCAUAUAGGCCAGCUGAAUGCAACUCCAUCACCAUCUCCAAUGAUGAGGAACGACGUUGAAGUUUACGUACAAGUCGUUGUGCUGGUCAUUAUUUGCAUCGGCAGCGUGUUUGGGAACGUCUUCGUUAUAGGAAUUGUGAUCUUCGAUCACAAACUCCACAAGCCCACGUAUUAUUUCAUCAGUAGUUUGGCGUCCGCAGAUUUCCUUGUCGGGGCGAUUUACAUCCCAUUUUACAUCAUGGCAUCGCUCGCUCAGAAUUGGUAUAUUUCCCUCACUUGGUGCAAAUGGCAUGCAACUUUCAUUUCAGUGAGUAUCAACGCCUCUUUGGUUACGUUGUCUUUUGUCAGCGUGGAUCGCUAUCUCGCCAUAACCGAUCCUUUAAGGUACCAGACUAUUCUAACCACGAUCCGCUCAGUCGUGCUGCUUCUUUUGGGUUGGGUCCAUUCCAUUUUCUGGGCAUUUGCACCGCAGUUCGGUUGGGGCGAGGUUGUUUAUCAGCCCAAGACCUCCACCUGCCGUCCAAACUGGGGCGCAAAGGGUCUGGCGAAUAGGGUGUAUACUCUCGGCCUGGCAUUGUUGCCAUUUGGUGCUCCAGUGAUCUGCAUGAUAUACUGUUACUGUAGAAUCUUCUUUGUGGCUAGGUACCACGUGAGAGAGAUUAAAAAGAACUCAGUGAAUACGCCAGGCUCCAACACGAUUGGCCAAAGAGCCAUGGAAACCAAGGCUAUGAAGACGCUGCUAAUUGUUCUUGGAGCCUUUGUCGUUUCCUGGCUUCCAUACACAGUAUUGUCGAUGGCCAAGAUGAUUUCCAAAGGAUCUUGGGAAUUCUCGAGCAGUAUUCUGAACGCAGUGCUCACCAUUACGCUCCUAAAUGGUUGUGUGAACCCAGUGAUCUACGCUAUUCGAGACAAGAGGUUUUGCAAAGGAAUGAAACGUAUGCUAUGUCCGCUGGCGCGAAAAGACUCUCAAGACUUCAACAGCUAUCUGUCCAGUAGGAGAGAUACAACGAAAGAAACGAAAGCGGAGAAUUUCGAAAUGGGAAACAUCAACUUUGCUCAAGAAAGUUGAAAUGACAGACGAAUAAGGAAAUCCCAUAUAUAGAGAGAUAAACGAAAAAAGCAUCCUAUGAAUCUUCGUCUUUGUUCCGCUAUUAACAAGAACAAAAGCACAGUAUUCUUGGAAAUUCCUAAAUUGUACUGGUUUUCCUUUUCCUAUCUUCCUCAAUGGCGGAUAAGAAAACUCGCGCCGUCCGCUCAACCAGUCAAGAUGCAAAUCUGAAAGCAAUAAUGACUUGGACUCUCAUUUUCCCGCGCUUUAGGACGUUUGCACGUGUUUACUUCGUGUUCACUUUGAUCUGCACUUCAGACUUUGGUAUUAACUCUACGACAUAGAAUCGAAAAGUGUUGCAAAAUCAUAGCAUUUCCCACCAUUAUGAAUACAACUGAGAUGGACUUCAAAGCAUAUACUUUGACUUUACUUUAAUUGUAAAAUUAAGUGAGCUAAAAUAAAUUACAGUCUUCCUGAUUACAACAAGGGAAACACACCUCUCCCCAAUUGUUCGACGAACGCUUGAUUUAAAUUAUUAACCUAAGUCAA